UGACGCCGCCGGCCCCCGCGCCGCGCCUCUCCCUCCUCACGGCUCCCGCCCCUCAGCCCGCUCCGCCGCUCUCGCUCCGCGCUCCGCCACCCUCGCGCCCGCCAGCCCCGCAACUUCAGCCCGCGCGCCGCAGCUGCUGCGAGCGGACGCGGCAGGGCAGCCGGCGCUGGGGACAGCUCGCGUCCACCCGACUGCCUCCCGGGGUCCCCUUCACCCAAGUGAGCGAGCUCAGGCUGUAUGCAAAGCCGGAGGUGCGGGCAGCUCCGGGCAUUGCAUUGGUGCGGAGGCUUUUAUAUGCCAUGCCAGAGAACCCUGAGUGUGCCCCUGACAUGACAAGGAGCCGUCGUCGUUAGGACUACCGACCAGACUCCCGGAAAUCAUGUUGGUAGGAUCCCAGUCUUUUUCGCCUGGAGGGCCCAAUGGGAUCAUUAGAAGCCAGUCCUUCGCGGGUUUCAGCGGCCUCCAGGAAAGGCGAUCCAGGUGUAACUCCUUCAUUGAAAAUUCCUCCGCUCUCAAGAAGCCUCAGGCCAAACUGAAGAAAAUGCACAAUUUAGGCCACAAAAACAACAAUCUCCCCAAAGAGCCUCAGCCUAAAAGGGUGGAGGAAGUCUACAGGGCCUUGAAAAAUGGACUUGAUGAAUAUCUGGAGGUUCACCAGACGGAGCUGGACAAGUUGACAGCUCAGUUAAAAGACAUGAAAAGAAACUCUCGCCUGGGUGUGCUGUAUGACCUAGACAAGCAAAUUAAAACAAUUGAACGAUACAUGAGACGCCUGGAGUUUCACAUUAGUAAGGUAGAUGAACUCUAUGAAGCUUACUGUAUCCAGCGACGCCUCCAGGAUGGUGCUAGCAAAAUGAAGCAAGCCUUCGCAACAUCCCCUGCCAGCAAAGCUGCCCGGGAGAGUCUAUCAGAGAUCAAUCGGAGCUACAAGGAGUACACAGAGAAUAUGUGCACCAUUGAAGCAGAGCUAGAGAAUCUGCUGGGAGAAUUCUCCAUCAAGAUGAAAGGUCUGGCUGGAUUUGCGCGCCUCUGUCCUGGAGAUCAAUAUGAAAUUUUCAUGAAGUAUGGCCGGCAGCGGUGGAAACUGAAAGGCAAAAUAGAAGUAAAUGGCAAGCAGAGCUGGGAUGGAGAAGAAACAGUUUUUCUGCCCCUGAUAGUUGGGUUCAUUUCCAUCAAGGUCACGGAGCUCAAAGGGCUGGCAACUCACAUCCUGGUAGGUAGCGUGACCUGUGAGACCAAAGAGCUGUUUGCAGCCCGACCUCAGGUGGUGGCUGUCGACAUCAAUGACCUUGGCACCAUCAAACUGAACCUGGAAAUCACCUGGUAUCCAUUUGACGUGGAGGACAUGACCGCAUCCUCAGGCGCUGGGAACAAGGCGGCAGCCCUUCAGAGGAGAAUGUCCAUGUACAGCCAGGGUACCCCGGAAACGCCCACCUUCAAAGACCACUCCUUCUUUUCGAAUCUACCUGAUGACAUCUUUGAAAAUGGAAAGGCAGCCGAGGAGAAAAUGCCACUGUCACUCAGCUUCAGUGACCUGCCCAACGGGGACUGCGCCCUCGCCUCCCCCUCAACAGGCUCCCCUUCCAACUCAACAAAUCCAGAAAUUACCAUCACCCCUGCGGAGUUUCACCACAGCAGCCUGGCCUCCCAGAAUGAGGGUUUGGAUGACACCAGCUCAGCAUCUUCCAGGAACUCCUUGGGAGAAGGCCAAGAGCCAAAAUCACACCUGAAGGAGGAAGACCCAGAGGAGCCCAGGAAACCUGCCUCGGCCCCAUCUGAGGCUUGCCGCCGACAGUCCUCAGGUGCUGGGGCUGAGCACCUGUUCCUUGAGAAUGAUGUUGCAGAGGCACUUCUGCAAGAGUCCGAGGAGGCCUCUGAGCUCAAGCCUGUGGAACUGGACACUUUGGAAGGAAACAUCACGAAGCAGCUGGUUAAGAGGCUCACAUCCGCAGAGGUGCCAGUGGCCACAGACAGGGUGCUCUCUGAGGGCUCUGUCGGGGGAGAAUCCGAAGGCUGCAGAUCCUUUCUAGAUGGAAGCUUAGAGGAUGCUUUUAAUGGGCUUUUCCUUGCAUUAGAACCACAUAAAGAGCAGUAUAAAGAGUUUCAGGAUCUGAACCAAGAAGUCAUGCAUUUGGAUGAUAUUCUAAAAUGCAAGCCAGCAGUAAGCCGCAGCAGGUCUUCCAGUUUAAGUCUUACAGUUGAAAGUGCUUUAGAAAGCUUUGAUUUCCUGAACACCUCUGAUUUUGACGAGGAGGAGGAUGGUGAUGAGGUUUGUAAUGUUGGCGGAGGUGCUGACUCAGUAUUUUCAGACACUGAGACUGAGAAACACAGUUACAGGUCAGUUCACCCAGAAGCCAGGGGCCAUCUCAGUGAAGCGCUCACUGAAGACACAGGAGUUGGGACCAGUGUGGCAGGAAGUCCUCUCCCACUGACCACAGGCAACGAGAGCCUGGACAUCACCAUCAUCAGGCACCUCCAGUACUGCACCCAACUCGUGCAGCAAAUUGUUUUCUCAAGCAAAAUCCCAUUUGUGGCAAGAAGUCUCUUAGAGAAGCUUUCUAGGCAGAUCCAAGUGAUGGAGAAACUCGCUGCUGUCAGUGAUGAGAACAUAGGAAAUAUCAGUUCUGUUGUGGAAGCCAUACCAGAAUUUCACAAAAAGCUGUCUUUGCUGUCAUUCUGGACCAAGUGCUGCAGCCCUAUUGGUGUCUACCACAGCCCAGCGGACAGAGUGAUUAAGCAACUGGAGGCCAGCUUUGCCAGAACUGUCAACAAAGAAUAUCCAGGACUUGCAGACCCAGUGUUUCGAACCCUGGUGUCCCAAAUUCUGGACCGGGCUGAGCCUCUGCUUUCCUCCAGCCUGUCCUCGGAAGUCGUCACUGUUUUCCAGUAUUACAGUUACUUCACCAGCCACGGCGUCAGUGACCUGGAGAGUUACCUGAGCCAACUGGCAAGGCAAGUUUCCAUGGUUCAGACUCUGCAAUCACUGAGAGAUGAAAAACUGCUACAGACCAUGAGUGACCUUGCUCCCAGCAACCUCCCGGCCCAGCAGGAAGUACUCAGGACUCUGGCUCUGCUAUUAACCAGAGAGGACAAUGAAGUUAGUGAGGCUGUGACGCUUUACUUGGCAGCAGCCUCUAAAAAUCAGCAUUUCAGGGAAAAGGCCUUGCUCUAUUACUGUGAAGCACUAACAAAGACAAACCUCCAGCUCCAGAAAGCAGCUUGCCUGGCCCUGAAAAUCCUUGAGGCUACUGAAAGCAUUAAAAUGUUGGUGACAUUGUGUCAGUCUGAUACUGAAGAAAUCAGAAAUGUAGCCUCCGAAACCCUCUUGUCUCUGGGAGAAGAUGGGCGGCUGGCAUAUGAACAAUUGGACAAAUUUCCUCGAGACUGUGUCAAAGUCGGAGGUCGUCAUGGAACUGAAGUUGCCACAGCCUUUUAAUUACAGGUUAACUGCCUAACAGCUGUCUUAAUAUCUGACCCUUUUCAUCAAGAUGGUGCUGUGGUUUUGCCUGGAAAUUGUUUAGAGCCUGAGAGACAUGAAAACUAAAAUAAAAAUGUAGGCUGGGUGCAAUGGCUCAUGCCUGUAAUCCCAGCACUUUGGGAGCUCAAGGCAGGAGAAUUGCUUAAGCCCAGUCGGUUCAAGACCAACCUGGGCAACAUAGCAAGGCCCUGUCGCUACAAAAAAAGAUUGUUUGAUUAGUCAGGCAUGGUGGCGUGCACCUGUAGUCCUAGCUACUUGGGAGGCUAAGAGGGGAGGAUUGCUUGAGCCCAGAAGAUUGAGGCUGCAGUGAGCCAUAAUUGUACCACUGCACUCCAGACUGGGUGACAGAGCAAAACCCUGUCUCAAAAAACAAAACAACAACAACAAAAAUAUGUUAUAGAAAGAAUUCAGAGUCUCAUUUCACAGUAUCUACUUUUCCUUUGGCCAACAUAGGAUAGGGCUAUGGUAUAAUUCAAUAGAUUACAUCGUCAAUUGUGUCUGAUAAUACUCAGUGCAAGAGUCCAUCUUAUCUUAAUAUUUAUGAAAUUUUAAAAUAGCCAUCUUUGUACUUUUUUGCAAGUUUAUAAGCUUGAAAUAGUCAUGUGAUACUUCGAUAAACAUCAUAUGCCUUGCAGUUUUUCUCUGUCGUGUUCUCAGGGUUGAGUGGUCCCCUUAGCUACCUAACUUUACUUUCAAUACAAAGCACAAAAAAGAAUCUCUUCAAAUAAAAGUUUUCCUGCAGAACCUGGCAAAAAUAACCCAUUGUGAGAGUUCAGAUGUUUUAAUUUUAUGUGCUCCCAGCUAUUCUGGAGUCUGAGGUGGGAGGAACGCUUGAGGCAGAGGUUGCAGUAAGCUGAGAUUGCACCAUGGCACUCCAGCCCAUGUGACAGAGGAAUGAGAGCCAGUCUCAAAAAAAAGAAAGAAAGAAAGAAAAAACUCCCACAAUUUAUUUUGCUUCUUUUCCCCCAUCCUGAAAAUUCCAAAAUCAUGUUUCCAUUAUGGAAAAAAGAUAAGUACAUGACUAAGAACUACCUUAAGAUUAUACCUAUACACUUAAAAACAAACAAAAAACUCAAAACUUACGCUUUUUUUUUUUAAUUAAUGAGAGCCAUUUUUUAUGAUAUUCUUACCAUAGGGGUAUUUUGCUGCUCAGACAAAUCAAAACCAAAAGCUGUAGAUUCACAAACCUGUGAUGCUCUUUGAGGUGGAGGAACCUAGAAGUCGGAGAAAUCCUAAUGGAGUAGGAGUUUAAAUUUAAACUCCUUUUAUUUAAAGUGGUCCCUCCUUCUGUAAAAAUGACCAUGGGAUUACAAAGAAGGAGGACAUCCUGAGGGGUGGUUACAGCCCCCAGGGAAAUCACUCACUGGUAGGAUUCCCUGGCCAAAUAGUUCAAACAUCAGGUCCCAUUAUUGCUUCAGUAUCAGAGACGCAUUGCGUUCAUUAAGCAAAGUACAAGACCAUUCAGUAGCUCUUAUUAAAAUAUCUUUUCUUCCUCUAAAGAGUAUACAAGGUGAGGUAUGCCAAGGUAUCAAAACAAUAUAUAUGAGUGUAAUUUAAACUGUGGGAUAUCAACUAACUACUAUGGGUGUGUUUGUAUCAUUUAGAUGUCAUUUUAAAUAUUUACAUUUUAGCAAGACUUUUAAAAAGGACUCAUUUCAUUUCAAAGUGCAAAUUGUUUGCCAGGCUUCUGGCAAAUAGUUCUUUCAACUGUGAAGUUAUAAUGUAUAUAUCUGUAUAUUUAUAAAUAUUAUAUAUAUUCAUAUAUCCUUCACUUUAAAGGUACAUUGUACAGGCUGUAGUUAGUAUGUAUAGUCUAUAGUUUAUGUUAAAUGGUUGAAAUGCUUCUUUUUAUAGAAAAUCAAACACAGAUGUUACAGGAUUUUGUGUUUGGUUUGUCAUUUUUUUAUUUUUAUUUUUUGACUAUUGCAUGAGUAAUUAAUUUCAGAUCUUUUGUAUUCACUUCUGUAUUUUAUGUUCGGUUGAGGAGGUGCUUUCAGUUUUGUGGCAUUUGUAUUCAUUGAUCUUUCAGUCAUGUAAGUUAAAAUAAAAAUUAUUUUUGAAUUACUAGCA